AUGCCAAGAGCUAAGGUGAAGGCCGGUACACGUGAUAAGCAUGAUACCUACCCACAACGGAUGCUCCUCUUGUCGGAUAUAAUAAGGGUUGACAUCCGAGGCUUGAAGUGCGCGGCAGCACUCCGAAACGGAGUAAAAGCGGCAAUGUACGAAAGUAGCUGCUCCUAUGCUGGAGCUCUGGAAUUAAAACGAAGUGCAUUAAAAGAAGACCCCUGGCCAACAGCAGAAUGGCCACCUUACCGUUUACAUCAAUCUACUUUCGAGCAACUGAAACAGAGUGUAGAAAAAGCGAAGGCCGCUCUACAAGACAGAUCAGGAUUACUCGGUACAGCUACAGCGUUUGGGGAUUUUUAUGGAGGUCAAUUGGGUCAGGACACAACAACUACGAACCAUGGCUUUGGAAGAUCCAGAACAGAUGAAUCUAUAAUAGCUUCGAUAGAGAAAAAUAAGAGUUUAGGUUCAGAAAAAUUAUCAGGUGGACUAUCAAAAGGCUACUCAUCAUCUGCUAAUCUGACAGAUACUCUUAGAGCAACUAAAUGUUCAGUUAUCUCGCCUUGGUUACGUCAACGCACCCUUAUUAAUGACUUCACGCCCUACCAAACCUGGAUACCCAAAUAG